UGUUUACGUGGAUGUAUGUGAAUGAAUAAAUGUUUGAAUAAAUGGGAACAUCUUCACUUAUCUGUAAAUGCUGUUUAUAAAUGUCUUAAGGAUAUUGAUAUAUUAUGGGUGUUGAAUGAAAUGUUUAAGAUAUUUGAUAAAAGCAGUGGAUUAAUUAGACAGCGUGACGUUAGCAUGGUAGUAUGAGUGGAGAAGUGACAGGGGAUCAUGGAAAUAAAACUGAUUCUGGUAUUUUAAAAACGUUUCUAGAUACAGAUGGCAAAAUGAGUUUAUUUUAUCUGGUGGCAUGUGUUACAGGAAUAUUUUUCCUUCUACUGUUAUGUGUAGUGGUCAUGUUAAUCAAAAACCGUCAUAAAAACAGGACACCUUCUAGCUUGUUCCUCGCGGAGAUGCAUAAUGGAAGGUCAACGUGCAAGUCCGCACCACUGUCAAGAAUACAGUCUCCUGUGAAGGAGAAGCGUAAAUCAUGUCCUAAUGCAUAUGGUUCUGUGGACGAAGCUAUUGUAAGGUCAAGCACAUUCGAUAAUCUACCAAAUAUGGAAACUGAAUGGGUCCAGCCCUCACCGGAAGGAGAUAAAUCAAAAAGUCUUACGGCAUUACAGUAUCAGGCUAACUUCCUUGGGACGCAUGCUCAAGUACCUUUUACUAGGACUGAGAGUGAAAAUGUGCUCCCGGGGAGCACUUACACGGAUCCCAGCGAGCAUGGCCGUAUAUGGUUUACUGUACUUUAUGACGCCACAUCUAGUAUUCUAUUAGUUACCAUCAUAAAGGUCAAAGAGCUACAAGGUCGAAAUAUGGAUGAAAAUUACAGGGAUCCAUUUGUUAAAGUUUUUCUUUUACCAGACGAAAAUAUCUGCCAUUCAACAAAAACUGUUAAGAAAACACUUAACCCAUCAUUUAACGAAACUUUUAGUUUCGAGGUGAAUCAAGAAGACAUAGGGCAGCGAAGUCUUCGAUUUUCUGUAUAUGACGUAGACAGACGUCGAUUACGUCAUACACUCGGCCACGUGGUUGUUCCACUCCAAGAUCUCAAUAUGAACUCAUCUGACAUAAUAUGUAAAGAUUUGGAGCAAGAAAUACAUUAUGGGUCAUCAUUAGGUGAUCUGAAUAUUGCGUUAACGUAUCUUCCACAUACAGAAAGAUUGAAAAUAGUUAUACUCAGGGCUAAAAAUAUCCGUCCAAAGCCCGAUCCUGAUACAGGUUUUUAUGUGCGUCUCCUGGUCUACUAUGGUAACAAGUUAGUGAAAAACAAGCAUACACUUACCCAGAUGGCAUUACCGGAAGUCAACUUCAAUGAAUCAUUUGCAUUUAGUACGACGAAUAAAAGCAUAGAAAAUUUCAAUUUUGUUGUAACUUUAGUGAAGACUAAACGGCAGGCAAUCGGAAGUGACGUCGAACUUGGUAGCGUGACUCUUGGAUCAUUCAUGUAUGCACGUGGGGCGGGAUUAAUUCACUGGCAGGAAAUGUUGGCAAAAACGAGAAAUGUUGUCACAAAAUGGCAUCAACUUAGUGUCCCCGUGUAAUGUUCUGUAUUUGCUCCACUGUGUAGUAUGUGUGUGUGUGGCGUGAAAAAACAUAAGAAGAAAGAAAUAACAUGGACUGAUGUAACAGAAUGUAUUUCGGUGCCAUAUUGAAACAUAGAGCUGUAAAGAAACAGUUCACAGGGCAUGUAGCAUCGUGGGUGUGAAGCAUCAGGUUGGACUUAUAUCUUAACAGCUAUCUGAUUAUUUUGGUUUGACGUUCGAUCUAAAACAUUCAUCUGAGAAGUAUUAACAACAUCAUGUUAAUGCUGCAGUUAUAUCCCUUUGGUUAUCGGAUUAUAUUGUGUCUAUUUUCCAAGUCUAAUCUGACAGUAUGUUUAAAUGAUUGAAAUGAUAAACGUUUAAAACUUAAAUCGUAGCUUUAAUCUACAAUGAUAGAAAAGAGUGAUCGUUUUUAGAGUAACUGAAAAAGAAAAAGAAACACAUUGUAUGCUGAAAUCAUGUUGUAUCGCAAAGUUGUUUAGGGGAUUCUGACCUGCAAUGUGUUAAAAUCGGUGACAAAAAAUCAACAACAAACAAACCAACAAACAAAACACACAACUAUCUUGCAUGCCUGAGGUUUAGCGUAAACAUACCAGAUUCAUGUUACAUAAAGCUUGUUAUAUUUCUACUUGGUAGAUACUUCUUCCUCCUACCAAUGCAGGGGAAAUCUGUUAUAAAUAUUGCGUAUUAAAUAACUGUUUCACCCUCCGCUUUUAUCAUUUACAUUUAUUUAUGAAACUGAUAUAACGUUCGAUAAGCUUAAUGUUAAUAGUUUUGUAAAAUAAUCAAACCUAAAUUAUAAACAAUUUUAAAGCGUUAUUCUGCAUCUCCCUAUUUCAUUUAAACUCAUUUUAAUAACAUGAACAUCAAUUUGUUUUCACAUACUCGAAUAAUUUGUUUAUCAUAAAAUACCAUAUAUGUAUAAUGUCCCAUUAAUCACAUUCUACAUCAUAUAUAUAAAUAAUGUUUAUUUAUUUAUCACAUACGUAUUUGUGUUUUAAUGCAUAUCUUUAUGUCUUCAUGAAUUCGCAUCAUGCAUUGAGUUUUAUGUUCCAUUUCUGCAUUUAUCAUUCAUUAUAACAUACUGAGAACUGUCAUAUUUUCAUUAAAUGUAACAUAAUUCAAUUUGUAAACAGUUUCAAUUCCGUACAACAUUACAUUCUUCUCUGAAUAAUUCAUUGCCUUGAGUAACCUAAUCCCUUGGUCCUUUCCCAAUAGGAUAUUCCCAUAUUAUGUGAUAAUCAGUUAUUGCUCAUAAACUUUAAAAUUACAAGUGUACAGAUAUCUAAUACAACUAAAACUGUUAUACCCUAUUAAAAGAACGUCAAUUUGAUUGAUGACAAAUGCAUUUUGAAUAAUAAUUAUCGUAAGUGGCAUGCAUUGAAAUCUCUGAGGAGAGAUAACGCAUGCUUGCUUACAUUGUAAUGAAAGUUGUGCCUAUAUAUUGUCAAACGAACGCGAUGUAUUUUAAAACUCACUUUUCUUCAAUGUGUGCUACAAAGAAAAUAAAAAAGUUUGCGGGGUAAUUAUGAUGGGUUUCUUUCUUAAUAACUACCAUUUUUUAUGUUCUUAUCGCCUUGUGAAGAUACAGGAAUUCGAGAUAAGAGAAACAUGAUUACUAUUCCUUGACUGAGAUUUAAGACUGUAUCUAUUUCUUUGUAUUUUGCCCAAAGUGUAACACAUAUACAACAUUGAAGAAAUAACAAACCAAAUGUGCAUUGUUAUAUUAUUUUUUUUAAAACAUGACUGUUUAUAUCUGGCCGUAAUAUUAAUCAAACCUUUAAAGUGGUCUAUUAAAAAACAAA